CACGUUAAGCUUUGACGACGACAAUGAAAAUUGAACGAAAUUGGUGUUGGUUGGUUUGAGAAUGAAAUUUGAUAGGUACUUAUCAGCGACGACUUUUCUCCUAGUAGUAGCAUUCGAGAAAGAGGAUUAAGUGGUUCUUUCGAAGUGGGUACUAGUUACGCAAAAUGGUUCCCAAGAUUCCUACGGUGUUGUUAAACAACGGGCUGAAGAUGCCCGCUAUCGGUCUGGGAACUUCCAUGUCCAAGGGGAACGAUUGUUUCGAAGCUGUGAAAGCGGCAAUUGACGUCGGAUACCGGCAUCUUGAUACUGCGUACUAUUAUCGAAAUGAAGCAGCCGUUGGUCAAGCCAUUCGCGCCAAAAUCGAUGAAGGUGUCGUCAAACGAGAAGACUUGUUUGUGGUCACUAAACUCUGGAACUCCUACCAUCAUCCCGAUCACGUUGGUCCAGCAUGUGACAAAUCCUUAGAAAAUCUAGGUCUCGAUUACAUUGACCUCUAUCUAAUCCACAUGCCUUUUGGGUAUAAGUUCAUCGGUUGGGAUGGGGACAAGUUGAUGCCAUUCGAUGCGGAUGGUAAAGUCCAAUACUCGGAUGAUGACUUCAUCGAUACCUGGAAAGCGAUGGAAAAACUGGUCGAGGCAGGAAAAGUUCGCAGCAUCGGAGUUUCUAACUUCAAUAGCGAACAAAUCGAACGCAUUCUGGCCAUCUGCUCGAUCAAACCAGUCACCAACCAGGUGGAAUGUAGCCCUAAGAUCAAUCAGAAGAAAUUCAUCGACUUUUGCAAGUCUAACGACAUUGUCCUGACAGCGCAUAGUCCACUAGGUAGACCACAUUUGUAUGAAAAAGAACCCGAAAAAAAACCUAAACCAGUAUUGAAUGAACCGGCUGUCGUUGCAAUGGCACAGAAAUACGGCGUAACACCUACCCAGAUUGUUUUAAGAUAUUUAGUGGAAAUAGGCGCUGUACCGGUUCCAAAGUCUUCUAACGUUGAUCAUCUGAAGCAGAAUCUAGACAUUUUCGGCUUCCAACUAUCGGAGGAGGAUCGAUUAGUAAUGGAUUCGUUCAACAGUAAUGUUCGAAUGCUUUCUUUCAACAAGUUGAAAGAUCACAAGUACUAUCCAUUCCACUUAGAAUUCUAAACUGAUUAUCAGAUCCAGAUUUGGAAAAAAAAAACAUUUUUCCGAUAGAAGAUAAUACUGUUUGCUAUGAAUAACAAACAUCAAAGAUUACUUCAU